AGGUGCCAUGAUCUCAUGACAAUUAUUGAAGAUUUUCCUGCCAAGGAGCUGCACGCCAUCUUUCCUUGGCUGGUAGAGAACAUUUUUGGCAGUUUGGAUGGCAUCAUUUCAGGGUGGAACCUCCGCUGCCUACAAGGCAGAACAAACUACACCGAGUACAACGUCGCUCUGGACUUCCUGUCCCCCGGAGGCCCAAUGAUGAAGUUGGUCUACAAGCUGCAAGCUGAGGAAUACAGACAUGAGUUCCCCGUCUCCUACCUUCCCGGCCCAGUGAAAACUUCAAUUCAAGAACGGAUUUUACCAGAAUGUUCUUUAUAUCACAACAAAGUCCAGUUUUCUCCCACUGGGGGCCUGAGUUUGAACUUGAUUCUUAAUCCAUAUGAAUAUUACAUGUUCUACUUUGCCAUCAGCCUCCUGACCCAGAGGAGCCUCUCCACCACCUGUCCCAUCAGCAUGUCAAACAGCGCUUACUUCAUCCUGGUGGACCGGUACUUGAAGUGGUUCUUGCCCAUAGAAGGGAGUGUCCCUCCCAUCCCUUCCUCAGAGCCUGGAGGGGUGGUCCCUUCACCUGCUCCCCGCUCUCCCACGAUGCCUUUCACCUCCUAUGGGAUGCAUCCCACCAGUCUUCUGAAAAGGCACGUCGCUCACCAGACUUCGGUGAAUGCAGACCCUGCUUCCCAAGAGAUCUGGAGGUCUGAAACGCUGCUUCAGGUCUUCGUGGAGAUGUGGCUCCACCACUAUUCGCUGGACACGUAUCAGAAGAUGCAGUCUCCUCACGUCAAGGAGUCCUUCAAACCCACCGAGGAACACGUCUUGGUUAUCCGGUUGCUUCUGAAACACCUACACACCUUCAGCAACAGCGUAAAGUCAGAACCAAUUUCUCCUUCAGGGCAUUCCCACACCGCCAGUCCACUAGAGGAAUUCAAAAGGAUUGUGAUCCCUCGGUUUGUUCAGCAGAAACUCUACAUAUUCCUUCAGCACUGCUUUGGUCACUGGCCUCUGGAUGCGUCUUUCAGAGCCGUUCUGGAAAUGUGGUUAAGCUACUUACAGCCUUGGAGAUAUGCACCGGAGAAACAACCGCCAAGCGCAGAGGCCCUGCUUCGUAGUGUGUCGGAGAAAUGGGAGCCUUUUGUCCAGGAGAACCUGCUGUUGUACACGAAGCUCUUUGUCAGCUUUCUGAACCGAGCUCUCCGCACAGACCUGGUCAGCCCCAAGAAUGCCCUGAUGGUGUUCAGGGUGGCCAAGGUUUUUGCUCAGCCCCACCUGGCUGAGAUGAUCCAGAGAGCAGAGCAACUCUUCCUGGAGGCCGAUCUGAGCCUCCCCCCCCGCCAGCACCGCCUCUUCCUCAGCCCCUCGCUGGGAGGCAGCUUCCUGUCAGGCCGGGCUCCCACCAUCACAGACGCCUCCUUUAAAGUGAAGAGCCACGUCUUCUGCCUCGAAGGACAGGACUUCCAGUACAAGCAGAUGUUUGGGACAGAGGUCAGGAACCUGGUGCUGCGACUAGCCCAGCUAAUCGGCCAGGCCCAGCAGUCGGCCAGAGCCCUCUCGGACCGCUCGGCGGAGGCCGGCCCCGGCCACUCCUUCCUCUCCUGGCUCUGGUUUGGCUCGAGCGACCUGAACGGCUCCUACCUGGGGAACGACAUGGACGACAUGGGGCAAGAGAGUAUAAGGAAAACGGAUGAAUACCUGGAGAAAGCCCUGGAGUAUUUAUGCCAGAUAUUCCGGUUGAACGAAGCCCAGCUGAGCCAGCUGAUCCUGAGCAGGGGAGGGGCACCAGAGGAGAACGGGAAGAAGUUGCUGCCAGACUGCAUUGAGGGCGAAAAUGGGCUAAUGCUCACACCGCUUGGGAGAUACCAGAUCAUCAAUGGCCUGCGCAGGUUCCAGGUAGAGUACCAGGGAGACCCGGAGCUUCAGCCAAUCCGAAGUUACGAAAGCACCACCCUCGUCCGUCUGUUUUUCCGGCUGUCUUUGGCCAUUAACGAACGCUUUGGAAGCCAGAUGGAGAGGCUCUGUGCCAGAGAAGAUUUCCUUGGCAGUUUCUGCCGCUACCACCUUACCAGCCCCUCCCUGGUGACCAAGGCCCAGCGCAGCCCACACAACAAGUGGCACGUGGGGCAGAUUCAGCAGCCGAGAGUCAGCCUGAGGUUUCUGGCCAGCUACAGGGCUCUCUUCUCCAUGCUGAUAGUUUACUUCGUGGCCUCCUGGUUCUGCCUUGGGCCAGCGGCCUGCACCUUCCUCCUCCUCCUGGGAUACCUUCUCUUUGCCUGCGGGAUGACCAUGUUGACUGAGAGAAGGCGGCUUCAUUGACAGCAGAAGGCCCAAGGAAGCCCUACCUUCAGCUGGGUGUGCAGACUCUCCUGGGUGCCGAAGAAGUCUGCUUAACCGCACAUUCAGAGGGUAUAAUUCUAUCUGUCAAGACUGUUGCUAUGUAUACAUUCUAUUUUGAUAAAG